AUGGAGGGGGUACAUGUACAGCCUAUUUGGCGGCGUCACUCAGCCAGUGCUGCUUCACCCCGUGCAGUUUCAAGAAGCUUGGCUAGACCGCUUCGAGUGGGAGGGCAUCUCCUUGAAUUGGGAGACCUACACAGAGCUGAUCAAGUUCUACACUUCCCGAGGUGA